AUGUUUCGUUCGCAGCAGCUGGCUGUAAUUGUGGCACUCUGUAUUCUUGGGUCGUUUACUGCUGCCAAAGCACCUGAUUCCCUAAGCAACAAGAAUAAAAAGGUAAGUUGAAUUUAAGGCGCCUUUUAUUGGUCAUAUUUCGCAUGAGAGUAACCGUAAUUUGCCUUAACAAUGGCUUGCUUGUGCCUAUCGUCUACGAUUACAGUAUAACCUCUCUACACCUACCUGACAAACUGAAAGGUAUACCUAGCGUACAACGUAGGAUACGUUCUGUGUAUUAAAUGUUUAAACCGGAAUACAGCCAAUUGAACGUACCACAUCCACACGAUACGUUAACCCCUUGAAGAUUACACCUUGAAAAUUAAACUUACCCUAUUACAUCCCUGUUAGGCUCCUUAGGUGGGAGAUUAAAUAGAGAGCGAGAAGAAGGCAGUCUACUAUGUUGGAAAUUAAGCCUCUUUUUGGACUUCCCUUGGACUUUCCGCAUACUAAUUUGGAUUUCCUGCAUACUAAUUUAGUGCCUUCCUCCAUAGUUAUGAAGUGGAUAGGUUUACUAAUGAGCGUCAAUCUACUAUAAUGAAAACAAUAGGCAGGUAUACGUAUAGGUAUCGGUAAAUCAUUAAUAUUCACAUACCUUCCUGCAUACUAAUCCGGUAUAGGUUUACUAAUGAUCAUGAGCGAAUACCACAAUAGGCACAAUGGGCUCGCCUGGGCUCGCCUGUUAAGUAACUUGAACCCGGUUUUCAGACCGUUUAUUAAAAGAGAAAUAGGAAUAAGAGAAGCGAUCACCUAGCAACGCGAGAAACGGCUUCUUAUAUCUUAUUUAGCGCUAAAACUCAGAUAUAUAAACAAAACACAUACAGAAAGUGGAGUUGAAAAGUCUUUAUUUCAAUUUAGUUUACGUCUUCUUAUUUAGCGCUAAAACUCGGAUAUAUAAACAAAACACACGCACAUAUACACAGAGUGGAGCUGAAAACUCUCUAUUUCAAUUUUGUCUGACUAUUACAGAACCGUUUCCUCCUUUCUAUCUGGAGGAAAUGAACAACUAUUACAGUCUAAGCGUUUCACGCGCCGUUAGUCAGGUAAUUAUGCGACUUCGCAAGCCCACCGUUAAAUACAAAUUAGCUGUGCUGUGCAGGGAGCAUCUUUAAGUAUUAUUAUAAAACAAUUAAUAACUUAACAAGGAUCAAUUGAUUAAACACGCGACUAAUAAUUGCUAGUAAUAAAAUCAGACACGUUUCUUAAGACAUAAGAAAUCAUCUUUAUGACCCUUUAUUACAAUAAUUGCAAAAAAGAUUAGAUUAAAGAUUAUAUUAAAAUAGUCAAAGAAAGCUAGCUAUCUUUUUUUUACAACGUUUCCCUCCCUUACCUGACUAACGGCGCGUGAAACGCUUAGACUGUAAUAGUUGUUCAUUUCCUCCAGAUAGAAAGGAGAAAACGGUUCUGUAAUAGUCAGACAAAAUUGAAAUAGAGAGUUUUCAGCUCCACUCUGUGUAUAUGUGCGUGUGUUUGUUUAUAUAUCCGAGUUUUAGCGCUAAAUAAGAAGACGUAAACUAAAUUGAAAUAAAGACUUUUCAACUCCACUUUCUGUAUGUGUUUUGUUUAUAUAUCUGAGUUUUAGCGCUAAAUAAGAUAUAGGAAGCCGUUUCUCGCGUUGCUAGGUGAUCGCUUCUCUUAUUCCUAUUUCUCUUUUAAUAAACGGUCUGAAAACGGGGUUCAAGUUACUUAACAGGCAAGCCGAGGCGAGCCCAUUGUGCCUAUUGUAGUAUUCGCUCAUUAGUAAACCUAUACCGAAUUAGUAUGCGGAAAGGCAUGUGAAUAUAAAUGAUAUUUACCUAUACCUAUACCUAUUAGCUAUACCUAUUACCUAUACCCAUACCGAAUUAGUAUGCAGGAAGGUAUGUGAAUAUUAAUGAUUUACCUAUACCUAUACGUAUACCUGCCUAUUGUUUUCAUUGUAGUAGAGUGACGCUCAUUAGUAAACCUAUCCACUUUAUUAUAUAUGGAGGAAGGCACUAAAUUAAUAUGCAGGAAAUCCUAAUUAGUAUGCGGGAAGUCUAAGGGAAGUCCAAAAAGAGGCUUAAUUUCCAACAGACGGUGAAGAAGAAGGAAAUGGAAUGAGAGAGAGUAACCUUUUAAACCUCCCUCCCCCCACCCCCAACCCCGUCACCCACCUCUUCACGGAGGGUCUGGAUGGGGUUAACUGACAACUGACAAAUCGCCUAAAAUUUUAAUGACAACCGUCAUUUGCUUCGGGUUUUAUUGACAACUGACAAAGGACCUGAUUGUCCUUUAUUUUCUACAAAACCCGUUUAUAAAGCCUUUUAAUAUCAUUGUUCCACUCUUUUCGUCAGACAAUGAGAUCAGAUACCCAAAUGUGCGUUAAUAUGGGUAAUCUUAGCAGCAGGACGCUUAAAACGAGUGUCAUACUUUGUUAAAGCGUUUACUCUGUUUGCUGUAAGACCCCGUGUGUCAUGUACCAUCCAUUGUAAAUGACCUACGACUCCAUUUUUUGCUCCUCUGAGAACACGCCAGCAUACACUACAAUGGCUGCUAAUGAGGGCGUUAUAAAAGGAAUUAUAGUAAAGCUUUUACCGAGAUGAUUCAGAUAUGGCAUAUGAACUGCACAGAAGCCGUAUUCCGAUAAAUGACGUGAAUACGGUGUUCGAGCUAAAGAAGCACCUUGUUUCAUUCUUUGGCUAAACAAUCACUAUCGAGGCAUCGCCAAUCAAAACUGAAUCAAGUUAAUCGUAAUAAACAACUCUCCCCAAAUUUUUGGUCUUUCUUCCGAUCUAUGUCCCAAUACUCUGACGGGCGUGGUAAAUUUUGAUUGGGUUAAUGGUUGGAAAUGUUGGACUCUGGCCAGCAAAAACGUUGUGUGGACGAGAGUAACACAGGAAUUGAGAAAUGAGGGGCCACUUGAAAUGCUUUCAAUAGCAAAACCAGUCAAAAUUAAGGUACUAUGGCAUCAGUUUUCGAAUUUAAUGUUUAAUUUACAUUAUGUGCCUUUUUAGCUAAAUUUUGGAUCAAUAAUAAACAAAUAAGUUUCGUAGUUAAUUAUUAAUAAUCACUUAAGUGACAACUGACAAAAAGCCUAAAAUUUAACUGAAAACUGACAUUUGCAUCCCCCCUCCCCCCAUCCAUAGCCUCUUCACGUACCUUUCGCUUUUCUUUUCGGUUUUUUCACCGAAACGCUUGCCUGCAGGCUUAACAUCCCGUUUCACUAAAAUUUUUAAUUACCAUAUGAUUUCUAUCAUACUCAGGUAUCUGCCAGCGCAACUCCUGAUCAAACCUCGAACGGACGGGAAUACUUGGGAGAAUGCUCUUGUUGCAGCGGUAAGAAAGCUUAAAGUUUGACAUUACGUUUUUGUGAAUUGAACAAUAAUGAACAAGCAAUAAGUAUGCUAUGACGUUUUAUUACCUCUACUAGGGCUAGCACUGAUCAAUGGUUAGCUGGUAAUUUCGCAAUUUUGUUCAAUUACUAAUUUAAAUUCGGCUCUGAUUUUAAAGUGUUACAGGAAAUAUUACCAGUGUGUUAUAAGAAAAGUUAAAUUCUGAACUUGAGAAAGUCUCUAAUCGGCAAAUAGCUAAUAAACGCGCAGUUAUUUGUAAAAAUUGUAAUUUUUCACAAUUUUAGGCUAUUUAGGUUCUUCAAUAGGUUCUUAUUUUCUAAAGAAAAUGGUACACUGUAGCUCUUUGGUGGUAUUCUGCUUAUUCCUUAUUCUUAAAAUCUGCAUACGAUUACAUUGCAGUUGGAAUAAUAAGGCACCUACGUCUCCAAAGAGGAUCCUAAAUGUUGACUUAUCUUAUUAGCACAAGCCGUACAGAAUUUUUUUAGAUAGAUUUUAGAAUAUAAGAACCUGUUUCAAAUUUUAGGGUAAACAGGUUCUUGUACAGGGGUAGCAUAACUGGCAAAUUUUAGCCUACCAUGUUCUCACUAGCGGAUUUCACUGUAUUCACUGUUACUUUUAGUAACGAAAUCCGGAAGAAUAUAAAACAUACCUUAAAUUUUUCUGGUGUAUACAGUAUUUGUGGAUUAGAAAAGAAAUUUGAAAAAACGUGUUUAAAAUUUCAUUACAAACCCGGGGGGUACUCAAGGGCAGUUUCAGUAGAGGUGUGCCGCUGAGGCCUUCAAAGCCUAACCCUGCUCAUUUCGCUAAGGUACCAUCUUUAGGACAUGAGACAUAAAGUUAUGACCCUGAUUCGUUUCGUUUUGCAUACAGAAUUAAGUAUGCAUCCAACUAAUAUCACAGAUGUGAGUUUGUAUAUUGUAAUAUUCGGUACAUUAUAAUUCCACAUACAUGACGUUCCUACCCGUAUCGCCACGCACUACAAAUGUAGACCGCUUAUCGCCUCACACUCUUUUACAACCUUCCGGUCGAAAAAGACACCCUGUUCAAGACGCUUUGCGACGGUCAGGAAAUAUCGAGCAUUGGGUGGCAAGAGUCGAAAAAUCGAUUUCUCUCACUUUUUGUCUAUAGAUAGCUUUUAGGUAGAUAAGAAACGAGGAAUUGUUUUCGCCAAAAGCUUUUUAGUCGCAAGAAAAAUUAGAAUAUCGCUUUUCGAGGCCAGGGUCUCAAAAUGGCCCAAUUUGAAAUUCAGCUAACUUGAAAUUCGCUAACAUCAACUUUCCUCACGUUCUCAAACAAAGCUGCACGGACACUGAUUUGGACACUUCCCAUCAACAGAAAAACUCUUUUUCUUUCACUAGAAGAUACUAUCAGGGAAAUAGCGCGACUCGUCGAAUUGCGGUAACUCAAAACUUAGGACUAGGUUUUCAUGAAAGUUCUUCUGGGGGAACGUUGCGUGACAUCCCAAAAAACCGCUUCGAGGGAGACUACGAAAUCAAGAUUUUGCGCGAUAUUUCCUAUAGUUAGAAAAUAGCCGGAAGUAAGAAAAAAAUAGUUUUUACUGUAAAGUUUACAUUUUAAUUACAUUUGCUUUUAGAAAUGUUAAGUGAAAAUUGAAAGAUACUACUAAAUCAUUAAUCAGCACCAAGAGAGGAUAAAGGGGACAGAGAAGGCAUCUCCCAUACACACCCUAUUCCAUAGGUAAUUCGUCUCCAAUUAUUUUUAAGACCACAGAUCCCAAUGGGGAUUAGACAACAGCCAAUCACGUAGCGCGAAUGUGUCCCGUGUAGAUGACCCACGCUCAGAGCCAAGCGUCCUUCACGAAUUGACGCUGAAAAAUAUGGCGGAAGACGCGGAGAGCGAUAUUGCUAUUCGUUUUGUCGACGAAAACGACUAA